CCAAAAAUGUAUCCAGCUGGCCAGAAGAGUUUACAGAAAGAAUCUCAACGUGAAGAGGAUGUCUCUCGAAAGAGGAACAAAAGAAAGGGUAGGACUAACAUUCAGAGACCCCACAAAAUUAUAAACCGUAUGAAGGUGAGAGACUGUAAUCCUCAAUAUAUGGGCCCAGAUGAAGACUUAAACAGAUUGGGCUCCAGUUUGGGCAGACGCUGCUACUUGAAGGACAGUAAUGCUCACAAGCCGUCAGAAUCCUUGAAAACUAACACAGUGAGGCCCGAGAAGAAAUUGUGUCCAAAUCAAACUGGAGAAGAUAUUCAAGAGAAUGACAACUUGUCCUCUCUUCAGGGUCGUACACAAAGUAAACAACCUGAUAAGAAUAGGAAGAAACUGGCAUCUGCAACAAAGAACUUGGUAACGGCCUCUCAGCACCCUAGAUUUCAGCCCAUUGUGAAGCUAACAAGGAUCGAUGCCAUCAAAUCUCAAGGAGUGUACAGUCUAAAUCCAAUCCGCCAACAGUGUGUGAGAACAUUUAAACACAAACUGAAUUCUAAGGAUAAUAGAGGGAUUCAUAGGAGUAAGAAACCGUAUCACUGUCCUGAAGGUGGGAAACAAUUCUCAGAUAGUCACAUUCUUAAGAAACGCAGAGAAGAUAAUACAGAGAAGGAGCCAUACCACCGUUCUAAAUGUGUUAAGAACUUUUCAAAACACAGCCAUACCACAACUCCUAUUGUAGAGAAACCAUAUUUGUCUAAACGUGGCAAACGUUUCUCACAAGUGAGCCACCUUCAGACACAUAUGAUUGGUCAUGGAGGACAAGGUUUAUGUCGUUGUCCAACUUGUGGUAAACAUUUCUUAGACAGGAGCGGUCUUUUCAAACACAAAAGAAUUCACACUGGAGAGAAACCAUAUUGUUCUGAAUGUGGCAAACUGUUCUCACAAUCAAGCCAUCUUCAGGAACACAUGAGACUGCACGCAGGAGAACAGCCAUUUUCCUGUUCUGAAUGUGGCAAACUGUUCUCACAAUCCAGACAUCUUCAGCCACACAUGAGAAUGCACACAGGAGAACAGCCAUUUUCCUGUUUUGAAUGUGGCAAACGAUUUUCAGAUAGCAGUAAUCAUCUGAGGCAUUUAAGAGGUCACACUGGUGAGAAGCCCUAUUGCUGUCCUGAAUGUGGCAAAAGAUUCUCCAACACAAGCGGUCUUAUGCGUCAUGCAGAAGUCCACAAUAAAGACCGUCCUUAUGACUGUUCUGAAUGUGGCAAGAAAUUCUCACGAACACGCAGUCUUUGUAGACAUAUAAGAACACACAUUUGAUAGAGGCCAUACUCGUUUCCUGAUUGUGACAAUCUAUUCACUGAUAACAGCAGCCUUCAUAGACACAACAGAAUUCAUUCUGGAUUAAGGCCAUAUUAUUGCUCUGAAUGUGGCAAGUGAUUCAUACAACCCUGCAGUCUUCAGUGACACGUAAGAACUCACAGAGGAGAAAAGCCAUACCGUUGCUCUAAGUGUGGAAAAACAUUCAUAAAGAAAAAUCCUCUUCAUGGACACAUGAAAAUUCAUGCUAAAAAGGCAAAGUCCAAAGAGACUGUAAAUAACAAAGAAAAAUCUGAAAUAAUUCAGUCAGGUGUGGAAAGAAAAUUGGAAUUGUUCUGCUAGUUGGUUACACAGAAUGCAUUUGACAAAAAGUUGCAGACUCAUUUAGGCAACCCUGCUUAUUAAUUUACUGUAAGUGGCUUUUGCACU